CCGCACCCAACUACAAAUGCGGAGGUCUCAGGCGAAGGGUCACCCUCCCAAGAAUCCGCCAUCGUCCGACGCCACCACCAACCAAGAUCCACGAAGAGCGUAGCCUCACCUUCAAGAGGUGGGUUCGAUGUCGAUGCUUCCGUUGCCUCGCCCGCGACCAUCAAGUUCGCCCCUGCAAGGACUUCUUCCGUUGCCACCGUCCUGGGCAUAAUAAGCGACAAUGCUGCUUCCGCUUUCCUACCGUUGCGCCGAGUUAUCGUCAACCUCCAAUUCAAGCUUGCCACUCUCAGCAUACUCGCACCUGGGCGGAUGUUGUGGCGAUGUCUCCACCAAGUGGGCCAUGUGGUCUGUUGCCGGCUUUGACUACGAACAACAUGAAUAGCGCCGCAUGUGCUGCUUGUGGGUGCCUUUGUCAUGUCACAAAAGGUCGCACACCUCUUGAGCCACUACGAACAACACGAGGAGACGAUGUGCCCACUCAGAGCUGAAGCAUCCACCAUCAAGCUGUGGCUAGCAUAAGUGGCCAACCAUUUAGAACGUGUGGAGCCGCAUUGUAAGGACCCUUUGGUUGGUCUCUUUGGUCCUUGUUCCCCAGUUAGGUGUUCUCCAGAUCUAGCUUUCUUUGCUUCACUAUCAGUUGCAUGCACGACUACUCAGGACUCUUUGCCACAUGAUGAGAUUGCAUACCUUCAGUGAAAAGCUUUCUAAGGCCAACUUGAUGGAUGUGAUGCCCACAACCACAAAGGAGGAGGAGGUGAGGGCCCUUAAUUCCAUUUCUGAAAUUGUAGCCAUUGAAGAUCUCACCAACAAAUUGGAUGCAAUGCCCUCACGGCCCUCUAAAGCAAAGGAGUACAAGGAGCUCUCCAUGGAGCACACACUGCUCCAAGUUGUCGCCUCUUCUGAAGAUAGUGGUGAUGUAGAUACUGCUUUACAGUCGAUCACCAAGGAUUGUGUGCUUCCCAUCAUCAAGAAGGCAGUUGUGGCGGCAACGCCUUUGGCCAUGAUCACUACAAGUUGCAAGGACAUGAUGAUGGAGCAAAUGACCCAGCAAGUGGACACCUCUUUUGAGGAUGUUGUCGUGGUUGAAGACGCUUCCGAUGAUGAGAAAUUAUCUCAGGUCAAGGUAGAAGAAGCUCGACUGACAGAGGAUCCACCAUUAAAGGUCUGACACCACAUCUAUAAAUGGUGAGUAUCUUGGAUAUCCUCCUAUACACUCCCCUUCCACCACCGUCCAUGGCAACAAGAUGCCAGCGCAAGUCUUACGAUAGAUCCUAGAUCCUCGCUUCGUCGAAGUGCCCAUCUUGCCCAACGUAAUGUGUUAGAAGAUUUGGACAUUCUUGGGAAUGAUAGGAAUCUCAAUGAGGAUGCAAUUCAAAAGUAUGCAGAUCGUCUUAAGGAUUUGUUGCCACCGGACCACCUCAAGCCACUAAAGGGUUUGAAAAGUCAUGCCUUCUUGAACCUAAUGGUAGAGGUUUCUUGUUUUCUACUUUUCUAUGAGGAUGAUGUUGUGCUAUUGCAGCUCAUGUUGUGAGUGAAGUUGUUUGUUAGCGGAGUUGUCAUUCUUAGUCUAGUUAGUUAUUGUAGGGUUGCAUCUAUGUUUUUUCCUUUUCCAUUGUCGAACCCUUUUCGGGGAUUGUUAUUUGCUCUGGCUUUCUUCUUUAUCAAUAUAAUCAGCAGUUCUUCUGCUUGGUUAGUUUAAAAAAAA